AUGUCUUCGGAAGAUCCUAUUUAUUCACAAAACGAAUCACUGUUGUUAGGCAGUUCUAACAAAUCCCAAGCAAGUAAUUCUUCUAAGACAAUCGCUAAAAGAGCUACAGUAUUCAUUGGAAUCUUGUUCAUAACAACGCCAAUUGUUUUUGGCUUGUCCGAAGUUGUUGGUAAGAAUAAUGAGGAAAGUUCUCCUAAAAAUCAAACAUCUGAAACCACUACAGCAGAAAAUAAUACAACUCUUGUCCAUCGUACAUCCUUCAAAACACAGGAGAAGAUGGUCCAAUUGAUUCCGAAAUCAGGACAAGACUACAUAAAAUUCACUUAUGACAUAAUCAAGGACACCUAUUCUUAUGAUAACGUCGAUGGAACCCCAGUUAGGCCAAUUGUUGCUUCUAAUAUAGAGCGAGUCAGACAGAGAACAUAACGAAGCAUACUUACAUCGCAAGAAUUAUCUCGAAUAUGCACAAAUGCGUUGGUCGUUCAAUGUGAAGAAUGAUGGAAAGAGAGUUGAAAAAAUAAUGUUUCAAAAUUACCGGAACAGAACCACUUGAUACUUUUGCCGUUGAAGCAUUUCCUGAAGCUUGUUAUUCAACAGGCCACAACAUAAGUUGCACCUAUUAUCCGUUGAACGGAUAUGUUGAAUCGGAAAAAGAAAUUGAAAGUUUGAAUAUGAACUUUUUUACUUCACAAAGAUGUUAACA